UGUCUCCACCUUCAACCGAUUUACUUCCGGAUUCCGUCAUUGUUAUCCUUGUUUUUGUUAUUUAAUUUGCUAUCGGGAGAAACAAAAAUAUGGCAGCACAACCGCUUGUGAUAAGAAUCAAAACACAACAUGGAGAGGACGUGGAUUGGACAGUGCAACUUGGUCAAUUGUCGUUUCAUGAAGUUUUGGAGGUGAUAGCUCAAGUUUUACAAGACAACACUCCAGCAGCGUUUGAGUAUGAAGAUGAAGAUGGAGAUCGGAUCACUGUGCGAAGUGAUGAUGAAAUGGAGGCCAUGAUUAACUAUUACCUAUCACUCCUGGCUGAAUGUGAAGCAAGACGGGUAAUGGCACCUCCACUCAACAUAUACCCACAAGUUAAGCCUGGUGGAAGGAAGAAUAUACACAAUCUCACAGUGAACACAAGGCCAGCAGGAGCAGUGCCAAAAGGAGCAGAUAGUGGCAUAAGUUUAGGAUAUGGGAGGCAUGAUGCUGAAUUAAGAGAAAUACUUGCAAGUGGCAGGAUAGUAGAAACAGACAUCUUACACCUUGAAGUCUUAGGAAGGGGUCACAGCGGGCAAGUCUACAAAGCUAAACACGUACCAACAAAUAAUGUCAUGGCCGUGAAGGUUAUACCACUAGAUAUCACCCCAGAAGCUCAGAAGGAAAUCUUAUCAGAGUUACAGAUCCUAUAUAAGUGUGAUUCACCUUUCAUCAUAGGCUUCUAUGGUGCUUUCUUCACAGAGAAUAGGAUCUCAAUAUGUACAGAGUUCAUGGAUGGAGGCUCAUUAGAAAUGUAUCGCUGCAUUCCAGAAUCAAUAUUGGGGAGGAUGACAGUCUCGAUUGUCAAAGGCUUGAAUUAUCUAUGGAACUUGAAAAUUAUGCACAGAGAUGUGAAGCCUUCCAACAUCCUAGUCAACACACAGGGAGAGAUCAAGCUGUGUGAUUUUGGAGUCAGUGCUCAACUAGUCAGCUCGAUAACAAGGACGUACAUAGGAACCAAUGCAUACAUGGCGCCUGAGAGGGUAUUAGGAGACGAGUACGGGGUGCAUUCAGAAGUCUGGAGCUUAGGGGUCUUCUUAUUAGAGAUGGCAACUGGUAGAUUUCCAUAUCCAGCAACACCAAGAGAUCAGGAGUUAUCGCCAAUAGCGCUUCUACAAUGCAUCGUGGAAGAGCAUCCACCAAGGUUACCUAGUGACAAGUUCUCAGCACCCUUUGUUGACUUUGUGAACAGAUGCCUCCAGAAGCGACCAGGAGACCGUCCCAAGCCUCAGGACCUCAUGCAGCACCCGUUCAUCCGCAUCUUUGCUGAUGGCAACAAACAGAUCAUCUCAGAGUGGGUCUGUCAGGAGCUCCAGGAGCUCAGGUUACGAGGGACAGUCAAAGGACUCUGAGGACAUGGUCCAGAAGCAACCGGGAGACCGUCCCAAGCCUCAGGACCUCAUGCAGCACUCGUUCAUCCGUAUCUUUGCUGAUGGCAACAAACGGAUCAUCUCAGAGUGAGUCUGUCAGGAGCUCCAGGAGCUCAGAUUACGAGGGACGGUCAAGGGACUCUGAGGAUAUGGUCAAAGGACCCUGAGGAUAUGGUCAAUGGACUCGUGAGGGUGCGUUCAAGCGAUUUUUUUUAAAGCUAGAAUCACAAACAUGAAUCACAAAUCAAAACGCCGUUAAAAAACGGGGUUACUGCGGGAGAGCCUUCAAGCGAUUUUUCAUCAACGCUGAUUCUCGCUCAUUUCAAGCCCAGCCACCGCCCAUCACACUGUGCAGUUUGACCCAGUGGUCAUUGGUAGAAAGAUUUUGUCUUAAGGGAUUGUUGAAGAACUUUGAGAACUUUAUUCUCGUGAUCCUCUUUGCCAAGUCACAAUGAAGUUAUCUCAUAUGGACAUUAUCACAUAGAGCACUAGAAGAUAAGAUUUUUUUUGUAACUUGUUGUUGACUUAGGAAUAUCCACAUGUCUUCACUUUUUUUACUAUUUAAUUUGUGUUGCUGUUUUCAUAUGGGAACAUCCUUCAAAAUAUAAAAGUCCUCGUACCCAAAAUCUGGGUAUCAGUUUGGAGUAUUCCCCCUCCCCACUUACAAAAGAGUAAAUUGAAAGUUAAAAUAAAACUUUUUAAAAAAAGAUUAAAAAACAGUAGUAGAAUAGUUGUUGGCAUUACUUCAUAUACUGUACUUAUUUAAAUAGCUAUUGCAAUUAUUAAUAGUUUUAAUGUUUAACACAGAAUUUGUAAUAUUGUCAACAUUGAUGCAUUGUUUUCAACUGGAACACUCUUUUUGAAAUUUAAUGAUACACAACUCUGUGUGUUGGUACAUGUGUGAAAUGCGUUUGUAAAAUGCUCAUGCAGUGAUAACCAUCAACAUUAUAUUGUGAGUGAUGUCUGUAAGUCCAAGAUGGUUCUAUGAAAUAUCUAGUUUCAUCCAUAUACAUGAUCUAAUGCAUAACAUGUAUCAUUGACAACACACUAUUGUUUGU